GAGUAUCAUGUCAUAGUGAAUGCGAUUGAUUCCAAAAUCCUCAUCAGAAAAAACCCUAGUGCCACCCCUGCACUGCACUUGAGAAAUCGCCGAUGGGGAAGAAGCGAAAGGUAGCACCCAAAUCUUCUCAAUCCGCUGAACCUCCGCUCAAGCAUCACCAACCUGAACCCCAAAUUGCGCCACCCGAGUAUGAGGAAGUCGAAGAGGAAGAAGAGGAGGAAGAAGAAGUAGAGGAAGUAGAAGAGGAGGAGGAGGAGGAGGAAGAAGAAGAAGAAGAGGACGAUGAAGAGCAAGAACAGCAGCAGGAUGAGGAUGACGACCCGAUCGAAAAGCUUCUGGAACCUUUAAGCAAGGACCAGAUCUUAAACCUUCUAUGCGAGGCGGCGGCAAAUCACCGCGACGUGGCGGACCGGAUCCGCAAGGCGGCUGACGAGGAUCCCGUGCACAGGAAGAUCUUUGUCCACGGGUUGGGGUGGGACACCACAGCGGGAACCCUAAUCAGUGCGUUCCGGCAGUACGGAGAGAUCGAGGACUGCAAGGCCGUCACGGACAAGGUUUCUGGUAAGUCCAAAGGUUACGGCUUCAUCCUCUUCAAGACGCGGCGCGGCGCGCGCAACGCGCUAAAGCAGCCGCAGAAGAAGAUCGGCAAUCGCAUGACGGCGUGCCAGCUGGCGUCCAUCGGCCCCGUCAGUAGCAGCCAGAGCCAGCCGCAGGCAAUGCCUUCCUCAGCGCCGACGCUGUCAUCGUCGGCUUCGGAGUACACGCAGAGGAAGAUCUACGUGAGCAACGUCGGUGCGGAACUCGAUCCGCAGAAGCUUCUGGCGUUCUUUUCACGGUUCGGGGAAAUUGAGGAGGGGCCUUUGGGGCUUGAUAAGCUAACAGGAAAACCGAAAGGGUUUUGUUUGUUUGUUUACAGGAGUCCGGAGAGUGCGAAGAGAGCCUUGGAAGAGCCUCAUAAGGACUUUGAGGGGCAUAUUUUGCAUUGCCAGAAGGCGAUUGAUGGGCCCAAGCCUGGGAAGUUGCAGCAGCAGCAACACGGGAACGUGAGUGCUCAGGUCCAGCGGACUCAGUUUCAGAGGAAUGAUACUGCCAAUGCAGGUGGCGCGUAUGUUGGUAGUGCUGCAGCAGCGCAGCCGGGACACUUGAUGGCCCCCGCUGGGCCAGGGAUUGGGUUUAACCAAGCGGCGUUGAAUCCGGCUUUGGGGCAGGCGUUGACGGCCCUCCUGGCAUCGCAAGGGACGUUGGGGCUGAAUUUGUUGGGGAGUAUUGGAACGAGUGCUGCGGUGAACCCUGGUGUGCCUGCUGCAGGGGCUGGAGUACAGAGUGGCUACAGUGCUCAGUCAAAUAUUAGUCCGGGUGUUAUUGGUGGAUAUGGGACCCAGGUGGGGUUGCAGGCUGCAUAUCCGAAUCCGAAUCAGCAGAUAGGGCAGGGUGGUUCUGGAAGAGGGCAAUAUGGUGGUGGUGGUGCGCCUUACAUGGGGCAUUAGAUUCCUCAUAAGUGCAUCAGUAUUUUAUUACUGGCCUGGUGAUUCUUCUGAAGUUUAAGGAGCUGAUGCAAUUGGCGUGUUUAUAAUGAAAUGUUACUUACUAGAAUUAUCAGAACAUUUAAAAUAUCAAAUGGAGUUAUGUUUUCGCCACGACUUUUUCUUGUUUUCUUCCGUUUCAAAAUAUUGUAGUAUUUUGACUUGUUUAACUUUAAAAAAAUCCUAUGGAACUGUUUUUGUAUUGCGAGUUAACGUUUUAUCUGAAUUAUGGAGGAGCUUGGGAUGCUGAACAAACUAUAUUUUGAAAUUUAUGUUUGUAUUGACCGUUGCGCUUCAACUUGGUAUUCAUAAGUA